CACUGAAUUUUCUACAGUCAAAAAAAUGAAAUAACUAAAUUCAAUCAAUGUCACAUCGUCUGGCAUUUGCUGAGAAGAUUAAUAAAAUAUUAUAAAGAAUAAUUAUUUAUUUUGGAGUUUUGUCCGUUCAAAAUUUCUCUUUGAAAAUGGCCAACGUGGACAUAACAAGGAGCGAAUACAUAAUAAAGCGUUUGAUGUUGCUCCAAACUAUGGAAGCACCAACUAUAUCAGAUGCAAAAAAGAAUUUCGGAGAUGAUUUCGCUCAGAAAAUCUUCUGCAAUUGCGAUCCGAACUUCAAAGAAGAUUUCGGAUUGGAACCACCUUUAAAGGGGCCAAUUGGUGGUGACUUGUGGACUUCUCCAAGUGAUUUGUUGAUAGGGAAGGUAUGCCUCAAGCCACCUCUCACUUCCAAACAUAUCAGAGCGUUAACACAUCAAGGAAUUAUGGAUAUCGGAUCCAAAAUAGAGAAACUCUUUUGGAAUCAAGUAGAAAUCGAGAAGAGCAAGGAGAUGGAGGAACAGGAUAGAACCUUAAGAUUGUUGUGUGAAACAUCAAAGAAGGAAGCAAUCGCUGAGGUACAAGCCCGCAUGCUGGAGGUGUUCAAAAGACAAAGACUGGAGCUCAUAAAUGAAAUGGACGACCUCUGCAAGAAGGAAAUGAGUCAUAUGGAGAUCAAAUAUCAUCUGGACCUUCAGGAGGAAUUGAAAGACCAAGCGUUAUACCUCGAACAGCAGUUUCAGCUAAAGUUGGAAGAGGAAGUAUCCAGGAUCAGCGAAAUUAUGACAGUUCAUUCUUCAGUGAACCUCGAAGAGUUGGAAAUGUCAAUGAAGAAACUCUUCCAAACUCAAAUCCAAAAAGCAGAAAUCCAUGCCCUUUUUGAGAUUCAAAAGGAGCGAUCGAACUGCAGAGAAAAACUGAGGGCCCUCCAACACGACCUAGAAUGCAAAAAUUUGGCGAAUAUGAUGUAUCUUAUAUGCAUGGAAAGGAAAAAAUGCUCCCACGAAAAAGCGUUUGCUGAGAAUCAAUUGACGCAAGAAAUAAGCGAACUGAGCUCUAUCCUUCGUAGCAAAGACGAAGAAAUAGCGAGGAUCACAGCGGAAAGAGACAAGCACAAGAAGGAGGUGGAACUGAGGGAGAAAGCACUGCUUGAAAUGAUCAGAGAAUUCCAGAAGUUCAUCAAUUUCGCUCUCAAAUCAGUUCCAAAGCAGGCCGAAUAUCUUUUGUGUGCCGAGAAACUUAUGGUGUUCGAGCUAACCGAGGCUUUAGCGAAGGUUGAAGUACCUAAAGGCAGAGAAUAUGACUACGAUCGGAAUUAUCUAUGGGACAAGACACCAGAACGGUCCGAGUCAUCAGGGGGCUCCCUGAAGGUCAAGGACGGUCACGACUGCCUCAAUCAACCAGAAAUCAGCGAAAGCGAAUUAUCCCUAGAACAAUUCCUGCCUGGUUUCUACUAUAACGAUCAACUAUUUGUUAGAGAAGAUUUCAGAGACAUGAUAUCGCAAGGCUUAACGAUUAAAGAGAACAACAUGCUUUGGACCAAACAUGUACAAGAUGUUAUGGAUCACUUGAGUCAACCUUGCCAAUCCUGCAUGUUCAACGACAAAAAAGAUAAUGAUCACGGUUCCAGAAUUGUAGAAAAAAAGAAAUCCCUGAUUUCUUAUCAAUCAAGUGUCCAUUUCUCAAUGAAGGAAAAAGAUAAGACCUCAAUGCUCUCCGUAGAAAAAGAUAAAAAGUACAAGAGGGCGUCUCUCAAACCUAUAGAACCUGAGGAGAUUCUUCAAACUAUAAAUUUCAGUCAUAUUGGCUCCGAAGAAAAUAGAAAAACUCUGAUAAGUGCGAAAAAUUCCUUAGAAGUUCUCAAAGAUAGUAUCACAAGACGUAGGUCUUCAACAAAAAGCGAUGAUAUCAUUAGAUCAAAACUACCAGAAAUGGAAGUGUUAACAGUAGAUGAUAUAUCCGAAGAAAAAGAAAUUACUCAGGGUAACGAAUCAAAGUUAUAUCUUGAAACGAGAGAUUCAGUAAUUAAAACCAAAAUAGAGCAAAUGAUAGGAUCUGGAACUGAUGUUAAAUCCUUAGUUGAGACUGUUGUUGAACCCAAAAAAAUUACCUCAAAAAUCACAAUGACAACUGAUUCAGUGGAAGUGAUCAAAAAAAGGGAGUCAGUGUUACCCAAAAAAAAAUUGCAAGAGGACACCCUAUGUGAGAUACAGAAGUGUGAUGGAUUGAAAUUUGAGGACAGCACAGAAGAAACUAUUACAAAAGUUUCUCGUCCACGUGAUAUGUUUGAUACCGACAUUGAAACUCCAAGAAGAAUAUCUAUUGCUUUCACUGGUAGAUCUGUAAUUUAUGAGAAAGAUGAAGACGAUGAUGAGUCAGAAACUAAGGAAGCGAUAAGAAAAGUGAAAAAGAGAAAACAGCAUGUGAAAUCCAAAAAAACUAAACCAACUAAACAACAUGGACCAAAGAAAAUAAGUAGUAUUAAAGAUAAACCUGAAAACACUCAACUGACCAAAGUAUCAACAGAUUUAGAAGAAAAGCACAAAGAAACAGAUACACUCAAGAAGGUAGUAAUGGGCGAUUCAAAUAUGGAAUUUUUCAAUCAGACAGACAAACAAUUUACCUCAGAUCGCAUUCUUUCCUUUGUGAACAUUUUGAAAAACCAUCCAAAUCUUAUAAGAUUAUUUACCUCUGUAACAAGAUGAAUUAUUUUUUAAUAAACGUUGAAAUAUCA